AUGCAGAAAAAGAUUGAUUCUUACAGGGAAUCCAGAAUAACUAACAACUCUCUGUUACUUAACAAGAUCACUGGUUUAUUGGCAUCCAAAGCUGUUGUUGCAGAUGGUGCUGAAAAAAAGGAAGGCAACAAAGAAACAGCUCCAGUCCUGGAGCAGGAGAUUUCACCUAAGCCACAAAUUCAGAAAAAAAAUGAAGCUGAUAUUAGCAGUUCUGCCAACAUUCAGAAACCUGCACUGUUAUCCUCAACUUUGUCUUCAGGAAAGGCUCGCAGCAAGAAAUGCAAACAAGAAUCUGGAGAUUCUUCUGGGUGUAUAAAGCCCCCUAAAUCACCACUUUGCCCAGAAUUAAUACAAGUCGAGGAUUUGACGCUGGUCUCUCAGCUUCCUUCUUCUGUGAUAAAUAAAACUAGUCCAUCACAGCCACUGAAUUCCCCUAGAUCCUACAAACAUAGCCAACGGAGAAGAAGAUCACAGCGUUUAGCCACUUGCUCGUUGCCUGAUGAUUCUGUAGAAAAAGUUUCUUCUCCCUCUUCAGUUACUGAUGGAAAAGUGUUCUCCAUCAGUGCUCAAAAUCAACAGUCAUCAAAAUUGGAGGUACCCGAUGUUGCUCAUAUGUCACUUGAGAAGCGUGGACCCUGUCUCCCUCUUGAUUUAAGCCGUAGUUCGGAAGUCACAGCACCACUGUCCACAGAAUCCACUUUCCGUAAUGAAUAUCCCAGUAAAGACAAGGAAGAUAUUCAGAUGGUUACAUAUCUUUCUUCCAAAGCAGUAACUGAUGGAAGAGUAGCUACAACAGCGGCAGCACCCUCGCCUCAUGUACAUGCCUUACAUCUGGAAUUGCCUUUAACCAAUAGUCUAAAGUUACCAAAAGGGAGUAGUAAAAAAAAGAGGUCUUCCACAUCAGUGAGCUCUGAAGGGACAGAGGUACAGUACUCUGUGCCCAUAAAGGAGAAAUGUUUUGAGAGUCUGAAGGAGAAAAUAUUAAAGAACGUGAUUGAGAAGGACAAGCAUUCAGAAGUUGGAGCAGUGAGGGUGGAAAGAAAAGGAAAACUGGAAGAGAAGAGCUCCACAACAUAUGGUAAAAAGAAAGAAAAGGAAAAGGAGAAAAAAGAUAAAAAAGAAAAAGAUCAUAAAUCAAAACAGAAAAAGAAGAAGAAAAAGAAGAAGAAAUCUAAACAGCAUGAUUAUUCAGAUUAUGAAGAUAGUUCCGUUGAAUUCUUGGACAGGUGCUCUUCUCCACUGACGCGGUCCUCAGGAAGCUCUCUGACUUUGCGCAGCAUGUUCUCAGAGAAGAAUACAUCAUACCAGUAUCCGAGAGCUAUCUUGUCUGUUGACCUUAGUGGAGAAAACCUUUCAGAUAUGGAGUUCCUGGAUGAUUCCUCUACAGAGAGUUUGUUACUUAGUGGUGAUGAAUACAAUCAGGAUUUUGAUUCAACUAACUUUGAAGAGUCUCAGGAUGAAGAUGAUGCUCUCAAUGAAAUUGUUAGAUGCAUUUGUGAACUGGAUGAAGAAAAUGGCUUUAUGAUUCAGUGCGAAGAAUGCUUGUGUUGGCAGCACAGUGUAUGCAUGGGAUUGUUGGAGGACAGCAUUCCAGAGCAGUACAUCUGUUAUAUCUGCAGAGAUCCACCAGGAGAAAAAGGUCAUUCACAAUGUCAGUAUUUUAAAGUGUAUUGGGAUAAUGGGCAGAAAGGAGAUAGACAGGGUAUUCUCCUGAAAGGUCAGAGAUGGAGUGCCAAAUAUCUUUACGAUAAAGACUGGCUAAACAAUGGGCACAUGUGUGGGUUAUCAUUUUUGAAGGAAAACUACUCUCAUCUUAAUGCCAAAAAGAUUGUGUCAACACAUCACCUACUGGCAGAUGUAUAUGGUGUAACAGAAAUAUUGCAUGGACUACAGUUGAAGAUUGGGAUAUUAAAAAAUAAACAUCACCCAGACCUUCAUCUCUGGGCUUAUUCCGGAAAGCGAAAAGAACAAGAACAAAUAACUCUUGGGGUAGAGAAAAAGAUAGUGACUUUUCCACAUGCUGUUAGUCCAACUGAAAGGACGUAUCACAGUCAAAACCAUAAAGAACCACCUAGUUUACCCCAGAAAAUGGAAGAAACAUAUAUCACGAGUGAGCACAGUUACCAAAAGCCACCGAGUUUUGGUCAAGAUUGCAAAGCAGUCGCUGACCCUAUGAGCUCAGAUGAUGAAGAUACAAGUAGUUUUGAGGAAGACCAGGAAUUUUGUUCAGAGAACAAAAACUGUUUACAAUAUUCUUUUAAAGAUGAUGGCAUGAAUGAGCAGAAGAAUUCUGCUGAAGGAAACACUGUGUUUGUUUGUAAUGAAAGAAAAGGCUCAGAGGAACAAAUGGAUACACAUCUUCAAUGGCAGCUAAAUCUCCUUACUCAUAUAGAGAAUGUACAGAAUGAAGUCACCAGCAGAAUGGACCUGAUUGAAAAGGAAGUUGAUGUUUUAGAAAGCUGGCUUGAUUUCACUGGAGAACUGGAGCCACCAGAUCCUUUAGCAAGAUUGCCUCAGCUGAAGCGACGUAUUAAACAGCUUUUACUUGACAUGGGGAAAGUACAGCAAAUAGCAACGCUUUGCUCUGUAUGACAAAAGGAAGAAUAAAGAAAUAAAAAUAGGUUCUCUACGGUGAAUUUUCUUACUAGCCACAAGACUGAUAGGAAGACAGCAAAAAGCUGAGCAUUUAUAUCCUUCUUAAUACAUUAAUAGCCUGAAGUUUUAGGAAGUGGAGAGGAAACCUAGAGUAAGCAAUCUGUUAUAUUGAAAAUCUAAAUAUUCACAUCCAAACUUCAAAAUAUGGUGUAUUACAUACUGAGAAGUGUUUGUAUCUCAGUAUGAUAAACAAGGAAACUUCUGCAUACAGGAAAGCUGAACAAAAUCUCUGCAAAGAAUGGUUCUGCUAUUUUGAACCAUCUAGUGGAAAAUUCUAAAUUUGUGGAAUUCAGCUGACUAAAAAUUUUUGAACUGCAUUUUUACAAAAUUCUUCUCAUCAGUAAAAGACACAGAGAGAUCUGCAUCCUCUCUACAAGAAAAAUUUAUAGAUGAUUUUCUUUUUCAUGAAUGUUCAGGAAAGUGAGCAUAUUAGCUUUGAUUUUGAAAGAAGCUACUUGUCACAGUCUCCUUUUCAAAGUAUUUUUUUAAAUAGAAAAUUUUAUUACAGCACCCUUAGGCUCCUUUAAAACGUAAGUGGCAAGCAGUGGUCACAUGUGCCAAAUAACGUUACAACCACUGGAAUGAGAUUUUCAUUAUGGCUUACAUGAAGGUUUUUUCCGUAUUCCUACUUGGUGCCAGCAAUCCAUCCAAAAUUAUAUCUAGUUUAUAUUUAUGUUCUGUGGGGAGUAUUCAGGAUUCACAAUACAAUUUUUGUCCUGGAUAGCUCUGUUCUGGUGUUACUUCGCCAUCCUCAGCUGGGAUGAGGAAUGACAAGAGCAGUGAAACUGUCUGUGGCUGUCAAUAUACUCAACCACUAGAAUAAAUAUUGCAAUAUACAUGAUACAAGAUUUAUUUUUGGGGAAAAAAAAAAGAAAAAAAAAACAAAAACAGGAAAACUUCCAGCUUCAGUAAAUGCAACAUCAUGAAACCAAAGGCAACCUAGUUGUUCUGUUAGCUUUUGCUGAUUUUUUUGAGCCCAGGACUUUCCCUGUGCUUAUAAGUUGCCGCUGUACCCAGUGCUACAUACAUACUUUUAUGUGUAUGUACAUGUGUAUACAUACACAAAUACAUUUAUACAUGCUAUAUACAUUUAUAUCUACACAUCUAUUUUUUUCCAUAGAUUAUAAGAACUGGUGGUUAACAUAAAACGUUACCUUUUAACAAACAGUUUCUAAAAUUGAAAAUAAUGUAUGUACAGGUUUUGAAAUUUGUAAAAUAUGACUGUUAAAAGGAGGCUAUUUAACUGAUGACAAAGAUACUUGAACAUUUUAUGCCUCACAUCUGUUUAUCAGUUCUAGUUAUCUGUAUAAAUGCGUUUUAGAACCGAUAGACAGUACACUUGAAUUUACCUUUUGAUAAGAGUACAAGCCACUGUACAUUCAAAAAUUAUUUAAAUUUGCAAACACACUGUUCUAUAUGUAAGGUACUGUAUGUAAAACUGUUUAUUAAAACUAUUCUGCGUACUCUA